AUGGCGAGAAACGGCGGCGCGGCAGUGUCCCCAAAAAGGCUAUUCAAAGGCACGACUAUUGUUCUCCUCCUCGCACUUCUCGUUCCUGAUCCCACUGGGAUGGGGACCGGCGGCACACGCGGCGUCGGACACUACUUCGUCGCAGAAGCGAUUCCCUUCAUCGAACAGUCGCAACUGCCGCCUCUCCAGGAGCUAUCGAAGGUGUGGGAAAUCGACAUUGUCAACGGCGGCGCCUGUGCGGACACGUAUAACACCCAGGUCAAUCCUAGGGGCGCCUCAGAAAUCUCGUUCCCGUCCCCGCCCUCCCCUCUACCUCCUCUUUCCUCUCGCUUCAGUCCCGCCUCUCAAGGAGCUGUCCAAGCCUUAUCCUUCAUUUCUCUAUCCUUGCUUUCCCUCCUCCUUCUCCUCCCGCCCUCUCUCUCCGCCCUCUCCCUCCGCCCUCUCCCUCCGCCCUCUCCUUCCGCCCUCUCCCUCCGCCCUCUCCUUUCGCCCUCUCCUUCCGCCCUCUCCUUCCGCCCGCCCAUCCCGCCCUCUCCUUCCGCCCUCUCUUUCCGCCCCCCCUCUGCGCCACGCCAGCCCAACGUCUCUGAUCACCCAACAGGGAUUCGACACCAUUCCAGAUGUCAUCACCAACCUCACACGACUCACCUCCCUGUGAGCCACUCUCGCAGCUGUCACCCACUCUCCCCGCUGUCACCCACUCUCCCCGCUGUCACCCACUCUCCCCGCUGUCACCCACUCUCCCUGCUGUCACCCACUCUCCCCGCUGUCACCCACUCUCCCCGCUGUCACCCACUCUCCCCGCUGUCACCCACUCUCCCUGCUGUCACCCACUCUCCUUGCUGUCACCCACUCUCCCCGCUGUCAUCCACUCUCCCUGCUGUCACACUCUCCCUGCUGUCACACUCUCUCUGCUGUCACCCUCUCUCCCUGCUAUCAAUCAUGCAGGUGGCAUCAGGCAGCAUCCCAGCCUCCUUUGGCAACAUGGCCAGCCUGCAAUCACUGAGCAUCAGUGUGAGUGACUACGACACCACGGGUGACGCCCUCACAGGGCCCAUCCCCGAAUCAUUCUCCAACCUCAAGAACCUCACCUCGCUACCUCACACGUGCAUCCCGUGCCCCACUCCCAUUUCUCUCCCCACUCCCAUUUCUCUCCCCACUCCCAUUUCUCUCCCCACUCCCAUUUCUCUCCCCACUCCCAUUUCUCUCCCCACUCCCAUUUCUCUCCCUCACACCACCCUCCCUCCCACGACUCACAGCGACCUCACCAACAACUGGUCCACUCACCGACAUUAUUGGCCUUCCCAUGCCUGUCCCUCCAACGCCUCUCCCUCCCUCCCUCGCCUCUCCCUCCCUCCCUCGCCUCUCCCUCCCUCCCUCGCCUCUCCCUCCCUCCCUCCCUCGCCUCUCCCUCCCUCGUCUCACAGCGAUCUCGCCAACAACAACAUUGGCCCGCUCACUGACAGCAUUGGCACCAUCCCCAACCUGGAGUACCUCUCUCUCAAGGGCAACAACUUCACAGGCAGCACCAUUCCCAGCACCAUCACCGCCCUUACAAACCUCGUUGAGCUGAGCCUCGAAUAUACAGGUGUGGGCGGCUCCAUUCCAUCCGGCCUUGGCUUGCUGACUAAUCUUCAGACCCUGAGGCUCGAUGGCAACAAGCUAACCGGCACGCUUCCUGCCACUCUGGGCGCACCGCAUCUCCUCACUCUUGGAUUAUGGAGCGACUGUGUGGUGCUGCUGAUUGGUUUCAUCCUCGCUUCAUCCCACCUUCCUCGCUUCAUCCCCCUAUCGCUUUCCAUCGCGCACCACUUUCCUCCUACUGUCAAUCCGCCCUCUCACCGCCCUGCCUUCCUCACUGUCCUGCCUCUUUCACUGCCCUGCCCCCCUCACCGCCCCUACCUGCAGCAGCUACGACUCUACCGUGGUCUGCCCUGCCAGCAACACCUCGUCAACUACGACUCUACCGUGGCGUGCCCUGCCAAGAACACCUCGUGUGUGGUGGAGCAGAGAGACAGCAGCGAGUUCUGCACCGCCUGUGCUGCCUUCUGCAACUCCUGCAUCCCUCCCGCCCCUGGUGGGUACAAUCUGUUGCUUCCCCUCCUGCCCCUGCCUCCUCCAUCCAACCUCGAUGGCAGCAGCACCACCACCAUCACCACGACCAACACCAACAACAACAACGCCAACGCCAGCGCCAAUGCUUCUUCCUCGUCCAGCUCGGGGCUGUCAACAGGAGCCAUUGUGGGCAUCGUGGUGGGCGUGCUGCUGCUGGUCGUUGGUGUCGUGGCUGCUGUUUUCAUCAUCAUACAGUGUGGCAGGAGGUCCAAAGAGGUGGAGGUGGAUUACACGACUCAAGCUGCAGGAGCAUAUGCAGGAGAUGACCAGUACAAGCCGCCUCAGGGUGCUUAUGCUGGUUACACGCCUGGUGCUUCCGGCCAGGUGUAA